AUAAUGUUUGAAACCUUCAACGUCCCAGCUAUGUAUGUAGCCAUCCAGCCCACAUUAUCUCUGUAUGCUUCUGGUCGUACGACAGGACUCGUGUUCGAAAGUGGUGAUGGUGUUUCCCACGCUGUGCCAAUCUUCGAAGGUUAUGCCAUGCCUCAUGCCAUCCUUCGUCUUGAUUUGGCUGGCCGUGAUCUUACUGACCACCUUAUAAGAAUCUUGACGGAGAGAGGUUACUCAUUCACCACGACUUCCGAAAAAGAAAUUGCCCGUGAUAUCAAAGAGAAGCUGUGCUAUGUCGCUCUUGAUUUUGAACAAGAAAUGGAGACUGAAGCAACCAGUUCUAUCUUGGAGAAGGGCUACGAGCUUCCUGACGGUCAAGUUAUCACUGUUGGUAACGAGCGAUUUCGAUGCCCGGAACCAUUCUUCCAACCAUCAUUCCUCGGAAUGGAAUGUGCUGGUAUCCAUGAAACCUGCUAUAACUCCAUCAUGAAAUGUGAUGUCGACAUCAGGAAAGAUCUGUAUGCUAACACCGUGCUGUCUGGUGGUUCUACUAUGUUCCCUGGUUUUGUCGACAGAAUGGAAAAAGAAAUCACUGCUCUUGCUCCACCUGAGAUGAAAAUCAAGGUGAUUGCUCCACCAGAAAGGAGGUACUCUGUCUGGAUUGGUGGCUCCGUCUUGGCUUCCCACCCACCCUUCCAACAGAUGUGGAUCUCGAAGCAAGAAUACGAUGAAUCUGGUCCAUCGAUUGUUCACCGAAAAUGCUUCUAA